AUGACCUUUGUAUCCGUAUGCCCUUUCUGCAUCUCACUAUAUCUUACCUUGAGGAAAGCGUCAUUUCCCUCCUUCGGAAGAUUGGGAGGACAGUCAGAGUUGCGGAAACACGGCACCGCAAGCCCAUGGUCCACUGAAAAACGGCAUCAUGCGCAAAGGCCACAAGGAACGAAACGAGACCAUUGUGGAAAAAGUGCAAGAAAGCCGGUGGCUGGUGGACGAGCACAAGACGGAUCGCGGAGGAAAUGA